CAGACACGAAAACAAACAAACACGAAAACAAACAAACAAACACAAACACCCCCCCACACAUUUAAUGUCCCUCCGGGCCCUUCUCUCCGCGAGGCCGCCGGCGGCCGCGAGGGCCUGGCUGCUCCGGCAGCAGACCACGGUUGCGGUUGCGGCACCGAGCGCAGCCACGGGCACCGCAGCAAUUGCAGCAGCAGCAGCAGCAGCACCAGCACCACCACCACCGGUGUCGAAAACGCCAACCGGCGCGGGGAAAAGAAGGGUGGCCCCCGGUGCGAUCCUCGCGGCGGCCUCCCUGUUUUCUCUCUUUUCCGACGGGGAAAGGGAAAGCACGGUUCCCGGAUUGGGUGCCGGAAGCACGGGAGGUUGGUGGGAGACGAGCGGAAUCGCUUCCACCUCUUGCGAGGCAGCGGCCCGAGCACCCGGCGAAGAAGGGGACGAGAAAGAGAAGAAAACGACGAACAAGAACGACAACAAGAAGAACAACAAGAACGACAAGCAACCACCACAAACCCCACCGCAACCAAGGGGCAAGACCCCCCCGGUCCCCUCUUUGAACCGCCGCCGGAUGACGAGCGUGGGCCGGUUUUCGCUGGUCAGCGAGACGCAAGAGAACCCCUCGGUCCCGGUCCUGGUCCUGGCCAUGACGGGCAGGCCCUACCGGUCCGCGGAUUUCCGCCGCCUCUACAGGGACCGAAGGGUGGCCGAGAAGCACCCGCGCUUCCGGGCGAGGCUGGACGAGGACAUGACGCACUUUGUCUUUGGCGGCGCUGGUGGUGGUGGUGGUGGUUUGGACAAUGGUUUGGACAGUGGUUUGGACGGCGGCUUGGACGGAGAAGGGGGAAUCAACAGCAGCAGCAGCAGCAGCAACAGCAACAGCAACAGCAACAGCAACAGCAACAACAACAACAAGAACCACCACCACCACCAAGACGACGACGCCAGGGACAACGUCCGGGACGUCUUGUUUCCGGCCGUUCCGGGAGCCGAGCUCAAGUGCCGGAUCAACGACGCCUCGCUCUACGAGCCCCUCGAUCUGACCACCACGCUCUGGGAGGCCUGGACCGCCACGGGGGGCUACAUCGGGCAGUCCGGCGCCAUUCCAAAGCCCACCGAGGAGACGGGCGCAGGCGCUGGUGCAGAUGCAGACACAGACACGGGCGCGGGCGUCGAGUCGCUCCUUCUCUUUCGGGCCCACCACUGCAUGGCCGACGGGGUCAGCCUCGCGGGACUCUUUGGGGACCUCAUGGACGAGGGGCCCGAGAUGCAGGCCACCAUCGAGCGCAGGCUCCGGAUCCACAGGGCCAACAAGAAGAAAACCCCCUGGUGGAAGAAGCUCCUCGUCUUCUUCUACUACUGGAUCUGGGGGACCCUCAGGGCCCUGCUCUACCAGGUCUACCUCUUUGCGGCCACCUGGUGGGACGGCCUCUCCCACGAAAACCCCUGGGCGGUCCUCAAGGAUCUCUACGACGACCAGCGGCCGGGGAACCUUCCCACCCCGCCACCACGGAGCCUGGCAUGGGCCACCGUGUCCACCGUCGACGAGGCAAAGGCCGUCGCAAAGUUCUACACGGACCUCCAACAGAACCAGGGGGAGAACGGCAAAAACAAGGACAAGGACAAGGACAAGGACAAGGACAAACCAAGAAUGACCUCUCCGGCCUCCAAGAUCACCAUCAACGACGUCUUUUGCAGCUGCGUCAGCGCGGCGAUCGCCAGGCAGCUCGACUUUCACCGAUCCACAAAGCCAAGCCUCCUGUCGUCCCCCGAGCGGACUUUCGGCCUCCCCUCGAUGAACCUCAUCAUACCCGUCCACCUCCAGGGAGGGGUCCUCCUCCCCGGCCAGAGCAUGGGCAACAAGAUCGGGGCCAUGGUCUCACGGAUCCCGGGGGAGACCCUCUCGAAUCCUUCCGGCCACCUCCACCACACAGAUCCCACGGAGCUGGCCGCGGAGCGCCUGGCGAGGGUUCACGCGGUCCUCCACGAGCGGAAACAAACCCCCGUCGCGGUCUUGUCCUACCUGCUGGCGGGGGCCAUGGGCUACCUCUCGGCCUCCUCCUCGUCGUCCUCGUGGACGCCCUGGAUCUUUCGCAGGGCCCACGCAGGCGCCAGCGUCGUCGUCACCAACGUCCGCGGGCCGGAAACCAGGGUCCACAUGGAGGGCCGGCCCGUMGAGGUCUUUUUCGGGUUUCUCCCCCUCCCGGCCGGCGUCCCGAUCGGCCUCACGGUCACCUCCUACGACGGGAGGAUCCACCUCACGGUCUCGGCCGAGGAAUACGCGGUUCCCGACGCCGACCGCUUCCUGGGGUGGGUGAGGGACGAGUACGACCUCCUCCGCACGGGGGCGGAGGCAGCAGCAGCAGCAGCGAAAGCCAAGGCAGACACAAACACAAACACGACACCAAACGCAUCCCGCUAGGCACGUCGGUCUACAAUCACUCC